AUGCCAACCAUUAAAGAAACUUCCAAGUCACAUAGUAAAGAAGAAGAAAGUUUGACUAGCUCUUCAGGAGAGAGUUAUCGUUUAAUGACUCGAGCUGGUUUUAUUAGACAAUCGUCUUCAGGUAUUUAUACCUUAUUACCAUUAGCAUUGCGUUCACUUGAAAAAAUAGAGAGAAUCAUUGACAUUGAGCUAGAGAAUAUUGGAGCGCAAAAGUUAUCCCUUCCUAUUUUGCUUAGUUCUAAUGGAUGGAAGAAGACACGAAGAUGGGAGUCUUCUGGAGAAGAGUUAUUUCGUCUUAAAGAUAGAAAAAAAUCUGAAUUUUGUCUGGCACCAACACAUGAAGAAGAAAUUACUCAAUUAAUUGCCAAUGAAAUAACUUCGUAUAGACAACUUCCAUUGCGAUUAUACCAAAUUGGAAGAAAAUAUCGUGAUGAAAUGCGUCCUCGAUUAGGAUUACUUCGAGGACGAGAAUUUAUAAUGAAAGAUUUAUAUACUUUUGAUACUACUGAGGAACUGGCUUUGCAAACUUAUCAAGAAGUUAUAUUGGCAUAUAAGAAAAUAUUUGAAAAAAUAGGAAUCCCAUUUUCUAUUGCCAAAGCAGAUUCUGAUUUUAUUUUGUCAUGUUCAAAAUGUGGAUAUAAUGAAAAUGUUGAUAUUAAUAAUAACUUUAAAGAAAAGAUUAAUAUGUUGCCAAAUAUUCAUCAUGGAGAUUAUCAUAAUACUUCAAUAGGUGGUGGUUGUCCUGUAUGUGCAAAAGGAGAUGAAAAUAAUUUUGUUCCACUUACUGUUCAUCGAGCAAUUGAAGUUGGGCAUUCUUUUUUCCUAGGAACAAAAUAUUCAGAACCUUUAAAAGCAACUUUUGCCCCCCAAAAUCCCAAAGUACCAGGUGAAUUGUUACCAAUUCAAAUGGGAUGUUAUGGAUUGGGAACUUCUAGAAUGCUUGCAGCAAUUAUUGAAUCAUCACAUGAUAAAAAUGGAAUAAUAUGGCCUAUUUCAGUCGCUCCUUAUAGAGUAUGUAUUAUUCCGGGAUCUGAUGAACCCUCAAUACAAAAUGCAGAACUUAUUGGAUAUCCUUGGGUUAUGGUAUUAGGAAAAAAAUUUUUAGAAAAUGGGAAAAUUGAAAUACAAGUAAGACAAAGCAAAGCAAAAAAUUAUUUGAGUGUUCAAGAUUUAGAUAAAAUCCAAUUCCAAUGA